UAUAUAUUUAUUGUAUGCCUUACAGUGCGACGUGUCAUUGAUGGCCUGCCUGGAUCCUGAAUUAUCAUGUGCUAUAUGCCUAGAACUGUUUGUGGAUCCCUGUACGUUGACAUGUAUGCAUUCUUAUUGUCACGAAUGCUUAGUGAAGCUUAUAGAGGAAGAUGUCACUGCAAGCCAAACCAGUGUAACCUGUCCCCAAUGUAGACAAGUCGAAAAUCUUGGUACCAAAGGCUAUAAAGCCAUAAAGAGGAAUUUUACACUGGCGAACAUUGUAAAUAAAUACACAUGUAGUGGUUUACAUUCUUCAACCCAGUCACAAAAUGCAGAUGUCAAAAUUUGUCUAACUUGUCAUGAAGAAAUUUCCAGCCCAGAUGCUUUGCCCAGGCAUAUCAAUCACAAAUUAUGUGAUAUUCAGUUAGGCAGGAAAAUGCUCAGUGAAGAUAUUUCAAAGAAGAUCAUGGCACUCGAAGAUAGCCACUCUGAUAUAUCAAAGUCCGUGAAAAUCAUAAAAGACAAUAUUGCAAAUUUCAAAAAGUGUCAACAGUCUGCUGCAAAUAACAUCGAGCGUACUUUAGAUACCAAAAGACAACGUUUGGAAGAGUACAAAAUUAGGAGUUUUCAAGAAUUACAACAAUAUUCAGAGAGUAUGUGCGGCGGAAAGGAAAAAUAUAUUGAAAAGCUGCUUGAACAUGACAUCAAAAUAAACAAAAACUUAGAAGAAAUGCGAUGUCCUAAUUUGAAUGAAAAACUUGAAAGUAUGACAUCUAAGGAACUUUUUCAAUUGAGAGCAAGAUUAAACGAGCUGCUUGAAAAAGCCCCUGAUAUGUGCACAAUGAAUUCCGAUAUAAGAUUUGACUUCAAAAUAUCGGAACCGUUAUUAGAUGAAAAUGCUGUCACAAAUAAACCAGAAUUCCAUGUCGCAAUACAAAGAUGUGAUGUACUUUUAAGAAGUGCCAAUAGCUCUGUGUGUGUACGGAUUUUUUGGGAGUCAGACGCCCCUAGAAGUGUGUUUGAUGUCAUGUUGGUAACACAAAAUGUAAAUCCGGAGUGUACCUUACGAUAUUUUAAAGUUCAUGGCAACAGUAUUUUGUGUACUACACUAACACCCGAAACAAAAUAUGCAGUUACAGUACGACUACAUGAAGACAGAAAUACAGUGUCAAAGCCGUAUCUUAUCACAACAACACCGUUCAUUGAGUGUAUGGAUAUGAUUAUGAACAGGCAUUGCCAUGAAGACUUUUACGUUGAAGAGUCAGGAAAAAAGCUUUUCAAUAGAGAACGAGGUGACCCCCAUUCUAGCAGUGAUUUUAUGCGCUUAGAUGGCACAAUUAGCAACACUUCUCUGACAAAACCACUCAUGUACUGGGAAGUUAAAUGUCAUUCUUCAAACGUCAAGAAAAUUGAAACUGAAAAAAGCGUUGCAGUCACUGGAAUUUGCUUGGCUAGAGACGUUGACAGAGUCGAAGUCCUUACCCGGAAUUACAACUCAUACCUUGCUGGUCUGGGAAAGAAUUCACGAAAUAGGCUAGAUAUUUUUUUCUCAAAGGAGGGUAAAGAGAUAAAAAGUACAGAAUUAUCAUGGAUUAAAGGAAGAGAUGUGGACGUCCACUUGGGUUUUCUUUUGGAUUUACGUAAAAGAACAUUUUUUGUUAUUGACGUAUAUGAAAAUGAUCUUCUGUGUCAGUUCUAUUCCAUAAAACCUCCAAGAGAGGACAAUCCGUACAUUGCAGUCUUUGAGUUAACUCAAGAUGGGGACAGUAUUGAACUUAUUUCUGGAAAAGAAAUUCAAGAAUUUCCGUCUGUGUUGUUUGAUCUCAUAUGA